CAGGAUGCCCUGUGUGUCUGUGUGUGUUCGGGGCGAGUGGUUUAGGGUCCCCUUUGGCAGCCCCUCGGGAUCUGUCCAAUUGUUGGGGAUCGAGGCCCUGAAACGCUACUACCAAGCCAAGAAGUUGGAGGAUGCAUCAGGGAAGUCGGAGUUCAGCAUGCUGAGGUGUCGGGGUGAAGAGCUCCUGCACCCCAAGGAUAAGGCAGAGGAUGUUCUGGAGGACAAUGACUUUGUGCAGUUGGUCUUUGCAGCGGAGAGCGGCAAAUAUGACUUUUCUCCUCGGGCCACAGCAGCGCAACAAUCUUAUCAAGAGCCUAAAGAGUACAUUUCCCUGGAUGGUAACAGUCUGACCACAGCUGAUCUGGUCAGCUUGGGCCAAGGCUUGUUCAAAAUAAAGUUAACAAAUGUGGCCGAGGAAGGGAUCAAAAAGGGCAGAGAGGUUAUCGAUACUUUUAUAAGAGAAGACAGAGUGGUGUAUGGAGUCAACACUGGUUUUGGGAAGUUUGCACGGACACUCAUACCAAAGGAGCAACUUGCGCAGCUACAGGAGAAUCUGGUUCGUUCCCAUUGUGCUGGAGUGGGCACCCCACUGAGUGUAGAGAGGACACGCAUGCUGCUGGUCCUGAGAAUCAAUGUCCUGGCGAAGGGCCGCAGUGGCGUAUCCAUGGAAACAAUUGGCGCUAUGAUCAAAGCCUUCAAUGCUUCCUGUUUGUCCUGGGUGCCAGAGCAGGGCACGGUUGGGGCGAGUGGAGACUUGGCCCCCCUGGCCCACCUCACCCUGGGCCUGAUGGGGGAAGGCAGGAUGUGGUCACCACAAAGCGGCUGGGCAGAUGCCAAAGCAGUGCUGGAGGGCCAUGGGCUCAAACCAAUUGUGCUGAAACCAAAGGAGGGACUGGCUCUGAUCAAUGGGACUCAACUGAUCUCGUCUCUGGGGUCGGAGGCUGUGGAGAGAGCCAUCGCCGUGACCAGACAAGCCGACGUGAUCGCUGCCCUGACUCUGGAGGCACUGAAGGGCACCACAAAGGCCUUCGACAGCGCUAUUCAUGCAGCGAGACCUCACCCUGGUCAGAUGGAGGUGGCUGAGAGGCUUCGCUCUAUUUUAGACUCCAAAAUCUUUCCUUCACAGAUCUCAGAGAGUCAGAAAUUAUUUGACCGUGUUCAGGAUGCCUACACCCUGCGCUGCAUUCCACAGGUUCAUGGAGUGGUGAAUGACACCAUCACGUUCGUCCACAAGGUGAUUUCCACUGAGCUGAACAGCGCCACUGACAACCCUCUGGUGUUUGCAGAAACUGGGCAGACAAUAUCUGGAGGGAAUUUUCAUGGAGAGUAUCCAGCCAAGGCCCUGGACUACCUGGCCAUAGCUGUGCAUGAACUCGGCAGUAUCAGUGAGAGGAGGAUUGAGAGGCUGGUGAACCCAUCCCUCAGUGAGCUGCCUGCCUUCCUUGUCAAAGAAGGAGGGUUGAACUCUGGCUUCAUGAUCGCUCACUGCACUGCUGCCGCUUUAGUGUCAGAGAAUAAGGCUCUGUGCCACCCAUCCUCCAUUGACUCCCUGUCCACCAGUGCAGCUACGGAGGACCAUGUGUCGAUGGGCGGCUGGGCUGCUCGCAAAGCCCUCAGAGUCGUGGAGCAUGUGGAGCAAGUGCUUGCCAUAGAGCUGCUGGCUGCCUGCCAGGCUCUGGAGUUCCUGCGUCCUCUCAAAUCCACUGCUCCUCUGGAGAAGGUCUACGAGCUGCUGCGCUCUGUGGUCAGUCCUUGGGACAGAGACCGCAUGAUGAGCCCUGACAUAGAAGCAGCUCAUGUGCUCGUCAGACAGCAAAAUGUCUGGAAGACUGUCAAGCCGUAUAUGGAUGAAUACAGGAAGAAGCUGAAGGCAUGAAGGAUAAACUAAACAGAUAUCGAACAGAGGAAGGAUACAGCUUCAAGUUUACUUAAUUAGCACUUAAUACAUUUAAAAUUAGGAUUAAUACGCAAUUGCACCUUACUAUCCUCAGUCUGUCUGUACUACUCUCGCUAUUAACUACUGUGAGCAUGUUAUCUUGUUUUAAUAAUUUUCUAUUAACAUUAAUAUCUCAUUCAUCCUGAACUAUGAUUUUUCUUUUUAUUAUUGUUCUGUAUGCUUAAAAAAUGAUCACUCACUUUCAUUCAUUUCAAUCUCAUAUAUUGUUUUAAGGGUAUUUCUGUAACAUCUGUCCAGAGAAUACAGAUGUAUAACAGCUUCUUGGAUAACUCUGGGACAUUUACAGCAAUGUUUACUGAUGUAAAACUGUAAACCCUGUUAC